AUGAACAAUUUCUUGGAAAGCGUGCUAACAUUUAAUAGAAUAUUAGAUCAACAGUUUAUAAAAGACAACAAGGAUAAAUUCAAUGACUUAAAAAUAGACUGGAUAACCUGGAAAUCAAUUGUUCUAGGUAGCUUGGGAAAGCUAUAUGGCUUAGUAGGCGAAGCAUCUCAUUUUGAUAUUUUGCAAUUACAGGAAACAAAACCGGCAAUAAGGCUGGUAAUACGAAUCCAGCGUGAAGAUAAAGAUAAAUUUAUCAACAGUUUUAUGGCAUUUACUUUUAAAUUAAGCAAAUUCACUGGGGGUGAUUAUGAUGUCAAUUGUUACGUUCGUGUUAACAAGAAUAAUGAUCAUUUAGGUCUUGUGUUAGAUAAGUCAUUUGGAUGA